AAGAAAACAAAACGCGCUGAGAAGCGUGCGGAGCGUGGGGAGGUGGAGACGCCGCGAGCACGUGGAAAUAUAUCCGCAGCUGUGCAACUACAUAGGCGAUUACGGCAGCAAUGGACCAGGAAGUGUCACCACUGGGGUCCAGUGACCCAAACCUUCAGAAUGAUGUUCACCAUCACGAUGAAGAGAUGCGGAGCACACGAUCAAACUUGGAUGACUGGGAGGAGGAGGGGUCGGCGGAUGACGCGAUGGCGAGCGACCGGGGGGCGGCCGAGCCGCCAGCACCAGCCUCCUGCCAGGCGGCGCUCGUGCCGCCGUCCGGCCUGCUGUCGGCUCCCAUCAACGCGCUGCCGAUGACGGCGCUGACCCCGGCCUCCGGCGACCCGGCCAUCAUCCCGCAGAUGCAGAACGUGGUGUCGACGGUGAACAUGCUGUGCGCGCUGGACCUGAAGCAGAUCGCCGUGCGCGCGCGCAACGCCGAGUACAACCCGAAGCGGUUCGCUGCCGUGAUCAUGCGCAUCCGGGAGCCGCGCACCACGGCGCUCGUGUUCGCCUCCGGCAAGAUGGUGGUGACGGGCGCGCGCAACGAGGACGACUCGCGGCUGGCGGCCAGGAAGUUCGCGCGCAUCAUCCAGCGGCUGGGCUUUCCGACGAAAUUCGCCAACUUCACUGUGCAGAACAUUGUCGGAAGCUGUGAUGUCAAGUUCCCGAUUCGGCUGGAGGGUCUUCUGCUGACGCACAGCCAAUUCAGCAGCUACGAACCGGAGCUCUUUCCUGGCCUCAUAUACCGCAUGGUGCAGCCUCGCAUCGUUCUGCUCAUCUUCGUAUCGGGCAAAGUGGUCUUAACAGGCGCCAAGCUGCGACAGCAGAUCUACGACGCCUUCAACAACAUAUACCCUAUACUGCGGAGCUACAAGAAAUAGUCGGCGGCGCCUGCUCCGAGCUCGGCCUGCCGACGCCGGGCGGAGCGGACACACAGCAGUGGCGGUUUGCGGUGCACUGUGGUGGCCGGCCAACAGCGACGUCCCGUCUGCUGAGCGCAGAGACAAACAACAUGCUGUCAUUUCGGGGAUCGGACGUGACUCGGGAGGUGUGAUGUCGUCGUGGAUAGUGGGAGGGCGUUGUGUCAAUAGUUGCGUGUGGUGUCCGAAACCUCGGUACCCUUGGUCGCCUCUGUCGGUCCCUGAAUGUGGCUAGCGCGUUGAACUGUGCACCGCAAAGUGCGGUGUGUCAUGAAGGCUGUGAUAACAGGACACCUGGCUUGCCGACAUGCAUGUAGUUCUGCCUGUGCUCUGACCAAAACAGAGCUCAAGGCUGUUAGGAUGCCUAGGAGAGUACUUUACGCACAAUGCGAUGUAACAUGAUGUAUCACAUGUAUUAUAUGAUCGGUCUUCUGAUAUUCAGCGGGCAACGCCGUUUAGAAGCUUUUGUAUCUGUGCUCAGAAUCAUAUCACAGUAGGCAUUGUUGUAAUUGGUCGCCUAGUAAGAGGCGUGAUCUGUCGUUUGGUACAUUUUUGGACUGAGGGAGCCUACCUGUUUAAACCGCCUGCUGCAUUGCCUUGUGUUCUUACAUCGGUUCGGAUAGGCUUUUUUCUUGAGAGUCUUGGCUAAAGUAAAAGUACUGCGACGGACAGUGCAGGCGGUUGGCGCACCUCCUGCUUCAAGGCCGGUAUCGUUUACCUCAGCCAAUAUGCGUGGCAGCUGAUGCAUUUGACAUUUUCUUAACCGAAGUUUUGGUGCG